ACUCGAGCGCCGAAAACCACACGCACACUGCCGUCACCGUUAUCGUCGUUGGCGUGAUGGUGUCUGUCACUGUCUUCGCCCUGCAUUAUAUCCGCAAGCUUAUGGCAGCCAAACUUCCCAUUAUUGUCUAUGAGCGGCGCAAGAGACGGCAAGCGGAGGCUUCAAAGGCUCACUUUGAGGAGCGAGUGGGUAAAGGGGGUGUCGGUGAGGUGGGGUCAGUGUUCGUUGACACGUCUGCCUCGAAGAUGAGCGAGAGGGAUAUUGUAUGAGGGAGUUCAAAGCGGGAUUUCUGCAGAGGUUCACUUUACAUGUACUACACAGCGUCCUAAAAAGCCUUCUGAUGUUUGACGCAACUGUAUCCAUCAUGGAAAUUUGAUACUUAC